AUGUAAAGGCUUCUUCAAGAGGACCGUGCAAAAUAGACGGGUGUACACGUGCGUGGCGGAGGGAGGCUGCGAGAUUACGAAGGCGCAGAGGAACAGGUGUCAGUACUGCCGGUUCAAGAAGUGCAUCGAACAGGGUAUGGUCCUGCAGGCGGUUCGGGAAGACCGGAUGCCUGGAGGGAGGAAUUCUGGUGCAGUGUACAACCUUUACAAGGUGAAGUACAAGAAACACAAGAAGAGCAACAAGGCGGGCGGUGUCGGCGGCGGCAUGGGUGGCGGCGGUAACGUCGGUGGUGUGAACGGCUCGGGAACCCUCGGGGGUACCAAGGGUGCUAUGGGCACGACGAUGCUGGACAAGCACAUGGCCGCGGCUGCAGCUGCCCAUCAUAGCCAGCAGCAGCAGCAGCACGCCCAACUGGCCGGUAGUUUCCUCCAUCAUCACAAACUCUCGUCGGGCGAUCCACUCAACUCGCCGCCCACCCCCAGCCACCCAAACCACCCCGCGCAUUCAGGUCAUCUCGUCAACGGGACUAUCCUGAAGACGGCGCUCACCAAUCCCUCCGAAGUGGUGCAUUUACGACAAAGGCUAGACAAUGCAGUAAGCAGUUCGAGGGAUCGAGUAUUUCCUCUGGACGCAACCUUACACAUGAUUCAAACCCUUAUAGACUGCGACGAGUUUCAAGAUAUCGCCACAUUGAGGAACUUGGACGAGCUGCUGGACCAUAAUUCAGACUUAAGUGACAAGCUGUGUCAGAUAGGAGACAGCAUAGUGUACAAGUUGGUGCAGUGGACCAAAAGGUUACCGUUUUACCUUGAGCUGCCGGUCGAAGUUCACACGAGGCUGCUCACCCACAAGUGGCAUGAACUUCUUGUGCUGACUACAUCUGCCUAUCAAGCGAUGCAUGGUCAGCACAGGUUGACGAAUGUCGCUACUGAUGGGACGGGUGCAGACUUUAUGCAAGAAGUAACGAACAACAUGUAUACGUUGCAAAGGUGCCUAACCAGCAUGAUGGGUCGGCCGAUAACCAUGGACCAAUUGCGGCAAGAUGUAGGGCUUAUGGUGGAAAAAAUCACGUAUGUCACGCUAAUGUUCAGGCGGGUGAGGCUACGAAUGGAGGAAUAUGUCUGUCUAAAAGUAAUCACUAUGCUCUCACAAGCAAUUGGAGACACGAAAUCACGAGGAAGUACUUUGGAAUUAGAACAGAUACAAGAACGGUACAUGAGCUGUCUGCGAAGUUUUGUCGAGCACAGCGCUCCUCAGCAGCCGAGUCGAUUUCAUGAUCUUCUUGUCAGGUUGCCCGAAGUACAAUCGGCGGCGACUUUACUACUCGAGAGUAAAAUGUUCUACGUUCCUUUCCUAUUGAACUCAGCAAUUCAAAGAUAGUAAAUAAACAAAGUGACGAUAAACGAAGCUGAAUACCUAUAUACAUACUAUACAUACGUUAUAAAUAUAUACACAGAAAAAAGUAAAAGAACCGAACAAACCGGCAAGCAACAAAUGAACAGAAAAAUAGAAAGAGUCCAGUGAGAGAGAAAAAGAGACGACUCAAACCGAAUGGGGAAAGGCUUUGUUUGCGUAUGUAUAAUAAAUAUAUAAA